AAUAUAAGACCACACCCCAACAAAAAUUCGAAGUGUGCUCAAGCUCACUAUCCUAAAUUCUCACUCUCAGCUAGCUCGAAUUUCACUUGUGCGAGAGGAGAAAAAGAUAUGGAAAGUAGGAUCUCUCCGAUGAAUCAACAACCCGCGGAAAAGGUAGUCACGGAGAUCGCGCUAUUACUUCAGCAGGCAAUAGUCGGCUACAGAUUCCAUCCAACCGACGAGGAACUAAUCAAUUACUUGAAGUCGAAAGUAACCGGAUGCAGAGAAACUUUCUGCAUUAUUCCGACACUGGAAAACAUCUACGAGAUUAAUCCAUGGGAUUUACCAGCCAAGUUCGACGAGAACUCGAUCGUUCGAUCCAAAGAUCAAGAAUGGUGGUUCAUAUGUCCACAGACGCAGAACCAACGGAUUAGCAGGAAGACACCAUGUGGCUUUUCUUGGAAGAUUACUGGUAAACAUAUAGAUAUUAAGGCUAAAAAUGACGACAAAAAGAUCGGUUCCAAGAUAACAUUAGUUUUCAUUGAUGGUCGGAAUUCCAAGGGCACAAGGUCCAACUGGGUCUUGCAUGAGUUUCAUCCGCAUCCUGAUGAUACGGGCUUCGUUAUUUAUUGCCUAAAGAUGAAGCAAUAUGAGAAGGCAGAUACCCAUGCAGCUGUGGCAACGAAUGGAGAUUUUUCAUCAACGCCUCAGUUUCAGAAUCACGAAGUUUCUUUUAGCGAGCUAAAUGAGGUUAUUGGCAAGUUAUCUGAUGAAGUUUACGGCCAGAGUGACGGAUCAUAUCAGAAUCGAACAAAAUCCCUAGCCCUGAUACAGGAAGACAAUCACUACUCUUCACCUAAUCAGGAGCGUCUCGAAGGGACUAAAGAUCCCUCUAGUACAGAAAAUUCAUCAGGAAGGGGGCUUGCUGUACCCGACCCAACAAAUGAUGAGUUAAAUUUCCCACAUCCUUUUCCUAAUGUUGAUUUUUGCAGUGCAAAUGAAGCUGAAAAAGAAACAAUAAAUCAGCUGGUGGCUGAAUUAUUUCGUUCCAUGGAGGAGGAAGUAGAUGAGAUGUCUGGUGAACAAGCAGAUAAGAGCUGUGAUAGCAUGGAUUGUGAUAAUCCAGAGCAACUUCCUUCUGCAGAGCAUCGUGUCCAAGAAAUUCAGAACCAACUGCGUCGCCUAAUCACGAACGAGAGUUCCUCUAGUACGGAAAUAUCAUCCGGAAGUUGCCAUACUGGUUCCAGCGAAUGGAGUAGGAUUAGGCCCCGGAUGCCCCCUCUUGGUCAUGCUUUGUUUCCUAAUGGUGACCUUUUUCGUCUAAAUGAUCUGAGUAGUGAAACUGAAGCAGACAGAGUAAUUCAGUAUUGCCAACUUGGAGAAACUAGCCGGGACAAUUGUAGGGCUGAGAAGAACCAGCGACCAGUCUGUGACACUCUUGAAGGAGCUGUUCCAGGGGAAGAGAAAGGAUUUGCUGAAGAGAAACUCAACCAUCCUCACGACAUGGAAAAGAUCAUAACAGAGUGCACAUCUUCUGAUGGAGUACCAGCAAAAGGAAAGGCACAGGCUGGGGAGUUCAAAGAGAAGGAAACUACCAUGAUUCGGCCACAGGAGAAGAAUUUUGAAAUGAAGAUUGAAUCAGACAACAUGUUCCAUGGGGAGAGCUGGACUGAAUCGCUUUCACCAACGAGAUCAAUUCCAUCAACCAGCUGUAGCUGCCGAAACAGAUCCACCAUUGAUCCAGCAGUUUACUUUGCCAGGUUAAUGGCACUUGUUCUUGUGGUAGGCCUGAUUGUUGACGGAAUAUGCAGAAAAUCUGAUGGAAUCAGCGAGAUAAAGAAGGUCUAUGUGUUCUACGGGAGAAUUUAGCAAAUGUCUUAGAUGGCAUGAGUUCAUUUCAUUUGCUCAAUGUGUCCCCUCUUAGUUCCCUCUGUCGCAUUAAUGAAUGUCUAAGGUUAUCUUCCCCGUUUGUGAAUGAAGUUGAUAUAUGUUGUGCAAA